AUGAUCUAUUGUGUCUCAACGGCCGGACCACUAGGUUCCGCACGCAGCAGGCAGGCAGGCAGAGGAGUGCGUUGUCGGGAACGCGUGCUUCGGGAUGCACACGAAAGCCAUGGUCCUAGCAAUGCGGUCCGCCGAUGGAUGAUGUGGUACAGUACAAUGCAGGAGGUGAAGUCGUGUACCACGGUCUCCGAUAAUACAACGGUGUUCUUCCCUGGCGCAACCCGAGAGCUUGGGCUAUUACAACGACUCCUGAAUGAGAUGAAGUCGAAAGAGACCCGCCAAGCGCACGCGUCUGAAUGCACACCACCCAUCCUACCGGCUCCCACAACAUCGUGCAUUCGUGCUUCUACACAGCGCCGGAAGUCCAUUCUUCGACCCGUCGUCAAUGGUUUCGCAGUAGUGAGCAGAAUACCCGCGCCGGUCGCUGCAGCAACUACUAUAGCAGUGCCGGGUUCUUCCGAUCAGAUUGUUGGUGCGGGGCCUUGCGCAUCCGCCUUGCGCGGAAUGACGAUGAUCGAAGAAUCCAAGAUUGCACAACACGAACAAGCCAGCUUGAUAAACUUGGUCCUAUGUAACAACACGAUUGGCCUUUGGCGACCUUGCGCUUCCGUAUGCCGCCGAUCGACACCGAUAAGUAUAAGCUCGUUGUACCCAGUGACGAUCAUCCGGGACUUGGAAGCGUGGCUUGCAUGUGAAUGGUCGUCAUGGGAAGUGCAUAAAAGACUUCCCCCUCCACCUCACACGCCCAUGUCCGCACUUUUUCUUUGCACCUGUACCAAAAACCUGUUGGAGUUUCAGAAUCUUGGAUUGACUUUUCCAAAUAUCGCCAUCGACCUUUCUGCACCCUGGACGAGUUCAAGGCAUCCUAGCUUUGAAACACCAACCACAACACGCUCAAUCUCCUCAGUCUUUUUCACCAAACCUCCGCAAAUCUGUCAACGUUUCACAGUCCAAUUGCAGGACUACACAACCUCGAACUUCGACGUUUUCUGUCAUAGAUUGGCAAGGACUUCCUACCCCCAGGCUACGAUCAAACAGGAGCACUACUGUUUUGGACCCCUUUGA